UUUUCGGUGCUGAAAAGAGGAACAGAAUAAAUUGUGAAAAAUCCAAGGAAAACGCAAAUACUGCGGAGUGAAGUGAUUCAAAAGUACGUAGUAAACACCGUCAUGUACCGUCCAAAUUUUUACGAAAGCACGUGUCUGCGAUGUGCUCAGACGGUUUACCAGGUGGACAGAGUCGGUCCGUUGAAGGAUUUCACAUUUUUUCAUGCCGGUUGUUUCAAGUGCGCGGUAUGCGGUACAAAACUGACGUUAAAAACUUACUACAACAAUCAGCACACCAUAAACGACAAGGAAGUUUACUGCAGCAGUCACGUCCCAAAACCUGGGCCAGGCACCCUCGAUGGAUCCAGCGUCGGCAUCAGAAGCGCCCUUAACGUACCACGCAGUGGAUACGUCAACGAACAAAUACGCGCAGGCGGACCAUCUCCUCGAGGCGUUUAUCCCCCCGGAUACGACCACGUCGUGGAUUCGCCGUCGAAUCAUCAUUUGCACAACCAUCAUUAUAACCAGGGUAGACAUUUGAACGGUCACGGUUCACCGACGCCGAUAAAUUCCAGCUCGCACAGAUCCGCGGUAGACUCGCAUUACCACAAUAAUUCUGGAAUCGCCGGUGCUGGGACUGGUGGCAAUCACUCGCCCUAUAAUCACAAUAAUAAUUACGGCGGUGACGGCUAUCAGUAUGGAAGGUUUGACGCGAGCGCGUUACACAUCGCUCACGCCCUCAAACAGACCGAACUUCAAAAAGGGUACAGCAAGGCGAGGGAGAAACCGAUCGACUACUAUCUGGACCGAGAUGAGCAGACUCGUCUUGAGAUGAAGCAUCGCAAAGAGGAGGACGAUCUUUACCGUAAAUUCGCCCACCAUCGCGAAGAAGAGGAUCGGCGUAUCCGGGAAGAAUUUCGCGAUGAGUGGGAAAAGGAGUUGGAAAGACUUUCCGCAAGAUGGGAACGCGACAGAAGCGGUGGUGGCGGUGGCAUCGGUGGAGGUGGAGGAGGCGGUGGAGGUGGAGGUAGGGGUCGGAACCACCUUUUUCAGCAGGAAAAAGAAGAUCUUGAGAAGAAUAUGACCCUGAGGAGGGACAAGAAAAAGGAGAGCCUCACGCGCAAAAUGCUGGAGCAUGAAAGAGCGGCGACGGCGGCUCUGGUUGAAAAACAGAGCUCAGAGAUGCUCGAGCUGAUAAACGAGGCACGCAGCGAAUACAUGCUUCAGGAGAGCCUCUAUCUAGACGAGGGCGACGGUUAUGCCCAGGAGGCACCGCCGCCUCCUUAUCCGUCGCGUGCACCGCCUCCGCAGCCCCCGACCUUGGCCAAGUAUCACAUAUACAAUGAUCCCCUCGAAUUUGCGGACAUGGACCAAAUCGCGAUAUCGGUCGCCCAGGAGGAUCAAAAAACAUUUACAGACCUUGUCAGGCAGCUGGUGAGCCGGUGCGGUUCGGACAUUGAAAAAGCGCGGACAAUAUUCAGGUGGAUAACGGUGAAAAAUUUGAACACGAUGCAGUUCGAUGAAAACCUGAGAGGCGACACGCCGAUGGGCUUACUGAGGGGCAUCAAACAUGGAACUGAAAGCUAUCACGUCUUGUUCAAACGAUUGUGCAGCUACGCUGGACUUCACUGCGUCGUGAUAAAGGGGUACAGUAAGUCUGCCGGUUAUCAGCCGGGCGUUCGAUUCGAGGACAACCGAUUCAGAAACAGUUGGAACGCCGUUUACGUGGCGGGAGCCUGGAGAUUCGUGCAGUGCAACUGGGGAGCCCGACACCUCGUCAAUGCUAAGGAAGUUCCUCGCCCUGGACAGACCAAAGCCAAGAGCGACAGUCUCAGGUACGAAUACGACGAUCACUACUUCCUCACUGACCCGCGGGAAUUCAUUUAUGAAUUUUUCCCACUGCAAGAGGAUUGGCAGCUUUUGAAGCAGCCAAUUUCCCUGAAAGAUUUCGAGGAGCUGCCGUUCGUCAGAUCGCUGUUCUUCAGGUACGGACUAUACUUUCCGGACACGAAUACGAAGGCGGUGAUGUACACAGAUUCGACCGGAGCAGCAACAGUGAGAAUAGCGAUGCCCGCGCACAUGCAGUCCUCCUUGAUAUUUCACUACAAUUUGAAAUUCUACGACAGUGACGGCGACGGAUACGACGGCAUAUCGUUGAAGCGAUUCGUGAUGCAGUCCGUGGUGGGUAACGUGGUGGCAUUCCGGGUCCACGCACCCUGUUCCGGUGCCUUUUUAUUGGACAUAUUCGCGAACGCCGUUACGCCCAAGGAGUACUUGACCGGAGAGCCGAUGAAAUUCAAGAGCGUUUGUAAGUUCAAAAUCGCCUGCGAAGAGCUCCAAACCGUGAUGGUGCCUCUGCCUGAUUGUGCGAGUGGCGAAUGGGGUCCGACAAAAGCGACAAGGCUCUUUGGUCUUGUGCCAAUCACGCAUCAGGAAGCGCUCGUAUUCGCGGGUCGAGAACUCGAAAUCCAAUUCCGGAUGUCAAGGGCGCUAACCGACUUUAUGGCCACUCUGCACAAAAACGGUAUCGAGGAAAAACGACUUUCUAAAUACGUAUCUCACUCGGUCGCUGACAACGACGUUGUAACAUUCGUCAUCAAUUUCCCCGAGGAGGGACAGUACGGUCUCGAUAUUUACACGAGGGAACUCGCCUCCUCGCCGUAUCACGAACUCGGCGGAGAAAAACACCUUCUCACUCAUUGCUGUAAAUACCUUAUCAAUUCGAGCAAGAGAAACUGAUCGCAUAGCUGGAGUGAAA